ACGCCGGACGCAACACGUGUGUGCAAUAUUUACACUAUUUUCUCCUUUGAGCUUAGAAUUCGAAGUUAGCGUGAAAUUACUUUCGUUGAACGUUCAAUUCGCGUCUUUUUAAGUGGGCCAAUAAGAAAGCUUCUUUCUGAUGACGUAAUGUUUUCAUAUUGUUUACUUCGAACCUACAAAAUGACUGCGUAAAUUGAUUUUUUAUCGAGUAGUGACCCAUCGUUUUAGAAACCUGUACAUCAAGAGUUUUCUGUGAGAGAGGCGGCAAAUAAAGUUAGGUGAAACCCCAGAAAAGAUCUGGAAACUGAUAUUAUGAAGAGGAAAUCACUCAUUGUUUGUCUACACAAGGAUUUCGCUGCACGGCAAACAGAGGCCUACCAACUGGAAAGGACCGAGCAGGAAAAAGAAGAACUGUUGCAGAGGUUGCAGCUCCAGUGCGAAGAAUCCAAGCAUGAGAAUGUCAGGCUUGCUGAGCGGAACAAGAAAAGCGAGGACCUCAUCUCUCAGCACCGUUCUGAAAUCUGGGAGUUAAAGCUCAAGCAGCGCAAGAUGAAGUUGAAGUUUGAGAAUGAGCUCCACUCAAUGAUGCAACAGCACAAGCAGCUCUACGCCGCCAUUGUAAGUCGCCACCUUUUGCCGCCACCGCCGCAUCACAGUCGCCGACUUGCAUCUGGUCAUCUCAUCCAGAAAGACGCUCAGCCAAAAGAGUGAAGCGGAGCACUGACUCAAGAAUGCGAGACGUCAGCUCAUCCGAUGACGUCCACCUCAAGGACUGCCUUGGUACUUUCAUGGAAAAAGCAGGCCACUUUGCUCCUCUUUCCUAACGUUGACCCAAGGUAACGUUCCAAAUGUUCCUCUGUUGGAUUUUCUUACUUUGAUGUGUGUUUACGUAACGUGUCAAGAGGGUGUUCAAUUCUUGCAAAGCCAUUGAUAGCGUUCCUAUAUUGUUGAAGAGCUUUAAUAAAAGUAUUUGCAGCAUACUUCAAAUGCAAUUUUAUUAACACUAAAUGGCCACAUAUUCAAUUUCCAUUAAAAACAAGAUGAAGACAAGCUUCUUUGAUGUCCAGUGAGACAAAGAAGCUUUUGUUAAGUCAGAACAGCCAGCCAAUGAAUUCCUGUCAAUAUGUACAAUCCCGCAUAUAAAAAAAAGAAAGAAAAAAGCUCAAUCAGCGCAAAUCUUUGGUUUCAUCACGCGAUUUGGCAGAGGCGCCAUCAAAACCGUUGCGUCCUUUCGCACCUGGUUCAAGAGGCGGCAACGCAAAUUUUCAACGCGUCUUCUUUCACUUACAACACACCGUCUGUAUGGCGCAGCAAACAAACACACACCCUUCCUUGGAUGAGUGUGUCCUCCCCAUUACAGCGUUCCAACAUUUUUGUACUCUUAAUAUUUGUGUUUUGGCACACAUUUCCAUAAGACAAAAUACAUUUUUUGUUGUUGAAUGGCAUCCAUCUCUCUUUGUGCAUUUUUGUUUGGCCAACUUCCACUUUCAGUCAACAAGCCUGCACCACUGCCACCUUUUUUUUUUUUCCUGUCAGCACACGAUCCACUUUCGGUCACCUUCUAAAGCCAAAGUUGUAGCGGUGUUUGGCAAACUGGCACAUUCUGCAUCCGUCUUUACUUUUUUUUUUUCCAAGCGUUCUUCCGGGUUAGCAGAGGUGACUGUGUUGGAGCAACGCUUGCGUGUUGUUGGCACUUGAUGGUGGCG